CCAGAAAUCAGUUUGGCAAGAUCAACGUAAUACCAUGCACAGCUUUGUUGGAACUAUCGUUGUACUCUCUGGCAUCGCCAGCAGCUUCAAAGUUAGUGCCCACAGUGAGGCAGUUAAGAACGAGCAAAUGUCUGAUGAUUUAAAACACUUUUGCAAGAUUAACAACUGCCAAACAGACCCUGAUAUAAAUUUUCUGUUCAACUGGAAAAGCGUUCUCGAACCAUGCAAAUUAAAUAUCUCAUGGGUGGACAGAGAUCAGAGAGCGAAACUAAACGGUAUGGAGACCAGUGCAAAGAGAACUUCAGUAAUUAUGGAAAAUAUCAACUUUGUGAACUCGUACAGCAGGAUAAUAAUACAAACAUAUACAGUGGGUGGUAUUAGAAAAACUGUCGGUGGUGACUCGUGGCGAGCAACAUUACGCGGCCAAACAACAUGAGUGGCGAAAGAACAAGGCAGAUGGCUUACGUGAUAGAUCGCAUGGAUGGGACAUACGAAAUUACGUUUUGGGUUCACGAAGCAGGGACGUAUCACUUGGAUUUGUUACUGCAAUAUUCAAUGUGCAACGGACUAAGAGAUCCUCCAAUUGGCUGGUUUGAGAUGGGCAAUAAGCAGGGUCAAAAUCAGCCUGAAAGUCUGAUGAGAAAUAACACUGAUUGGCUGUUCAAGACAGUUUCAUUGCCUAAGUUUGAAGUCAAAGGGUGUGACGAGAGGAUGAGAGAAGAAGGAAGCGAGCCUUGUGGCAUAUCAACUGAUUCCGACAAACUGAGCCACACUGAUGCCAAAAAGCUUAGUACUUGUCGAUUAAUAUGGAGAAACUUUGGGUACUGGAAGGAUAUAAAAGGUAAUAUUCAAUGGUUUUCUGAAAGAGAACGAGAUGAGAGCUUCCCUGAAAGCCUAACUGAUAAAUACGAUUUCUUGUGGGCAUACGGAGAUUCUCUUUGCGAACGAUGGUGGUACACACCAUUUCGACAAAUGCUGUGCCGGAGAGCAUUCAGGUCAUGUGACCACACAUACACUCAUACCUAUGAAGAUAGAGAUAGAGGGCAAAAGAUACCAGCUGGUCAGAAAUUCAACAAAACGCAAUUCUUCUCACCAAUAAGGAAAAUAUUAUACGACAAAAGAAUGACAUACAACAGUGUAUUGAUCAUUAACUUUGGGCUGCACCUGAUUACCGGCCUCAAUAUCAAAGAAUUAAAAGAUGUUGUCGAUUCCUUUGCUAGCAUUAUCUUGAAAUUGCGACGUGAAAAAGGCAAGUUUGGCGCAGCGAAAAUAAUCUGGAAAACAACAACAUGUGCGGUCUUAGAAAACAGCAAACAUCCUUUUUAUGGCAGAUUUUUCCUGACAAACCAGCGAAUUCAGCUUUUCAAUUCCUACGCUAACUGGAAGCUAUGCUCCAUAGGAGUUGAUAUAUUUGAUGUAUAUAGCAUCACUGCCUCGUAUCCAAAGGGCACACUUGAUGGGCUACACUUUGAAAGUGAAGUUUUCAAUCCAACUGAUAACGCCUUGGCGAAAUUUCUAGCGGAGAUGAAGCAAUAAAGAUUCAAUUAGUGAACAGGUUUAUGGACAAAAACUGAUCCAGGCUUAGCCUUAGUUUCAGACCCCAAACUAUUCGUAUUUAAUGCUAUACAUUUUUUGGAAAUUUGAAAUUUUGAAUUAUUAUUUUUUGAAUGGGUAUUACAAAUUUAGCCAGUUAUGCGUAAGAGAAAAACGUGAUUUUGAAUUAUCAGAAAUUUGUUGAGAUUUAGCUACACAUGAACACAGGCUCCUGUCCAUUAAAUUAUUGUAAUUUGACCAUAUUUUUAAAAUUGACGAACCAAGCCAAAACAAUACAACACAAGUCCUGAAGGCCAUCUUGCACAUCUAAAGGUAUUCUACUAUAAGCCAUAGUCAAUAGAAAUAAUAGAUAAUAGUUUAUAAGCUUUCGAGAUUUUUGUGCUCAGAAAUUAAAAACUUGGAAACUCUUUAAUUGACGUUAAAAAUUUACCAAUUUAUAUCCCCUUGUCUGAAAGACAAGGAAAGUCUUGCAUGCCAUUUACUGUGUCGAAAUACAAAAAUACUUGCUUUCGAAUGUCUAAGAUACAGUAAAACCCCGCAAACAAGAACCUACUUUUCUAAAGAACAGACUGACUAGGUUCUUAUAUGUGGUACUCAUGAUAUUUUCAGGGUGUGGCUCUUAUCGCAAGGACACUAACAACUAUGAUGCACAAGGUAAACGUAACUAGAUUUGGGAAUGGCCGGACUGAAUUUCAAAUUGUAGAGGAUAUAGUAUUUUGUUAGUGACAAACUAAUUUCAAUCACAAUAUGAAAAAAUUAAAAUAAAAUGACAUAGCUCUGAAUAUCAAUAAUCAAACCACAAUGACGACUUGAAAACUAUAUAUUCUGUCUUUGAGAAUUUCAUGUUUUAUUUAAUAUGAUGUACAAUCUCAUAAGAACAUGGAAAGAAAUCUAUCAGUUUUUGGCUUCUAUCUUUGGGUGUUAUUUUCCACAAAAUCAGUCUGUAGGUUCUUAUUUUCCUAUGUUCUUGUUUGAGGGGUUUUACUGUACGCCGAUGUCGAACCGAUGUCUGGCCGAUGUCAAACCUUCCUGAUUGUUCUAUCCAUUUUUUUGAACCAGUGAGAAAAGUGCGCUAUAUUACAUUAGGGUGAAGGCUUGCAGAGGUAAUUUGCUCGCUUCACAGCAUUUACUGUAAACAAUUAACAUGAUUUCAUGAUAUAUACUAUAGUUUCAUUAUUUUCUUCUCAAGAAAUCCUUUCUCUAAAUGUUUUCCGUCAAUGAUAUUUAAGACUUGCUUAUUCUUAUAAGACCCACGAAUGUUCAUACCAAAGAAUACAUUAUAUCAUAUGAAAAUACCACUAUCGAU